AUGGUGGAAACGAGUGCUGAUCGUGUGGCUUGGGGCGUGGCAAUCGGAUGUCUCGUUAUUGUCAUGGGUGGAGCAGCGUUGGUGGCAAAACUCCAUGCGGAUCUACUGGAACUCAAUGAAAUAGCUGAAGUUGAAAUUGUCAAUUUUCAAUCUGAACAUGAAGUAAUAUGGAAGGAGGCGUUGAAGCUUGGUGAGAAAUUCGGUCGACGAAUCGAAAAACGUCAAGUCGCCGUCAUGCGGACGAACCAUUCCGUUCUAUCCCGAGGAAACGUCAUCUAUACAGCUACCCUCAACCGAUGCGUUACCAAGAGGUUCCACGUUAUUUCGAGCCCCUGCAACAAGUGCAUCUGCCGCAACCACAAGAGCCAGCUCCAACGCGUUUAUGGAAGCCAAGCUAUGUGCGGAAUCAGCUGCAACUGCCCUAGAGGACCACGAGGACCACCAGGACAACCGGGAAUUGCUGGCAUACCCGGAGAACCUGGGGUAGACGGACGAAAUGGCGAAAAUGACAGCACACUGACGAGACACUAUUCGGACGCGUGCGCUGUCUGCCCAGCUGGACCACCUGGAAUUCGAGGACCACAAGGAGCCGACGGUGAACCUGGCGCUCGAGGUCUUCCUGGCCGACCAGGAAUGAGUGGCCGUCCUGGUGUUCCCGGACCCAAAGGUCCUACCGGAGAUCCUGGACAACAAGGACCAGCUGGACCACCUGGACCACCAGGAAUCCCUGGAGGAUCAGGGGUAUCUUAUUCACGGGUUCCUGGUCCACCUGGUGCACCAGGAAUGGAAGGACCGAUGGGACCUAUUGGACCACCUGGAUAUCCUGGAGAACCUGGUGAACCCGGUGAUCCGGGACCAAUGGGGCUUCCAGGAUUAGAUGGUGUUCCGGGAGCCCAUGGCAUAUCAGGACUAACUGGGCCACGAGGUCCGCGUGGAGAUGAUGGAGAGUACUGUCCGUGUGUGUCAAAGGAUAAACGAAGUAAUGCUAACCUGAAACUAAUAGCGCACUAUGAAAAACUGAAUAAAUAA